UAUUUUCACAACCUCAAAUUGAACACAAAGAAUUCCUCAAACAGAAUUGAACAUAUAAGAAAACAAAAUGAAAAAAAAAUUGAAAUUUUACAAAUGAAAUCGAUCUUGAAAAAACUGAAUCCAAUGAUAGUAGAAGUUGAAAUCAAGUCGAAAACCAAACCUAGGAAACGAUUAUAAGAAAAGAAAGUGUAAAAACCAAAACACACCUACUCAACAUUUUAGAAACAAAAAUCAUCGUGAAAAAAAUGAUGCGAAACAACAAAUUAAAAUCGCACUGAAAGUCAAAAACGAUAAAUAAACUUGAGAAAACAAAAUAAAAAAACAUGAACAUAAAAUUCUGGAAACGAAAUUCAUCGUGAAAAAACUGAAUUGAAACAAAGAACUCUGAAAUGUAAUUGAAAACCAAGAGCAAGAAAAACUGCAAAAUUUUAAACCAACAUUAAUUGAAUGAAAAUGUUACAAAAAAGCAUAAAACUAUUAAAAACGUGUCAAACAAUUUUAAAAAUUUAUUAAAGGUUUUUAAACCAUUGUGAAUCAGAAAAAUGAAAAUACGUGCAAAAGCAUUGAAUUAAAACCCCUCAAAAAGCAUCAAAAUUACUGUAAAAUAGGUAACGAAAAUUGAUGAAAUUGUGAAUACAAAUUUCCAAAAAAUGCUGGAAAAGUUAUAGAAGCGUGUUACAACGACACAAACACAAGCUAAAAAAAGAAUAAAAAAUCAUUAAAAGUUUAAGUAAAUUCAAUAAAAUUUGUCAAAAAUGCUUGAAAAAGUGUUAAAAACGAUGUAAAAAUAAUCAAAAAAGCACAUGGACAAGUUGAGAAAAUGACGUGAAAAAAAAAACUGCAAAAAAUGUAGAAAACAAAGAAAAAAAUAUAAAAAAUGAAGUAUUUCCCUUUCUAAAAAAAAAAAUUGAUCAAAUGUAAUAAAACGAAAAAUGAUAAUUUUGAUAAAAAUGAAUUUGCAAUUAUAACUAAGUACCCAAAUUGAAAAGUAGGUAGACCAAAAAAAGAACAAAAGAAGAAAAUAUUCAAAAAAUGAAUGAAUGACGACAAAGGAAAAAAAUUAUAAGAAAAUGAUUAGCAAAAACAAACAUAAUUAUUUCAUUUAGUUCUUCGUAAGCCACUUUAAGACCAUUUUCCAACAAAAUAUAUGUGCCCUCUCCUAUUUCUGCAAUUUCAGCAUAAUUAAUAUUAUGAUGAAUCCGAAAUACAAUCAUCAGAAUAUUGAGUAGAAUAUAGAAAUUUCAUUAUUUCGUUAGCGUUUAGCCAGUGCCAGUGCUUAGUAAUACAGGUAUAAGGGGCGCCAAGUUCACCCAGAUAGUAUGCAUAUAGGACAUGGUAUACGUAAAUUUUACUUUUUUCAAGAAAAUUUCCUAUAGAUAAUACCACCAAAAUUGUAAAGGAAAAAUUUCUCGCAUUAUUUUAGAGGUCGAGAAAGUAGGUUUUUUGUUGUUUAUUUUGAGCGGCGUAGUUAGAUAAAUAUCUAUAAGAACAUAAAAAAUGAGCACAGGUAAGGAAUAGGCUGAUACUAGUUCAAGUACACGCAAAAUGAGUCAAAGUAAAAGUUAAAGUACACUGAAGUGUAAAGGAACGCGAUAUUGGUAGUAUAAAAGGUUACCUUUCGAACAUUGAUUAUUUUGAAGUUCACAACUAAUGCGUUCAUACCUGAUUGUAAAUAUGGAAAGUCAUAAAAAAGAUAGCCAUUUUAGACCCAAUUUUUAUUUACCUAUUUAUUUUUUUUGAACUGGUCGUUGUUUUUUCGAGUUUCAAGCUUUGCAUACGUAAUCAGAAGCAAUUUCGUUCAUAUUAUACUUGGUCAUGUAUUCAUUACCACGUAGAAUGCGUCGUUUUCAAGUGAUCAUAUUAUUGGUGCUGUUAGUAGCGAUUAAUUUGAAGCAAACAGAGUCAGGACCAUCAAUAUUCGCGAUAUGGCCUUUCGAUCGUACACAGCCAAUAAAUAUAAGAUCCGAUCGCGCCUUCCCAAUUCCGAAACCAAACGCGACAGUAAUUAGAAACGGCGAUGGAACUGGUGAAAAUGCAUUAUUGAUUAAUACAGGAGAAUCGGUUGAAGUGAGACUGCUUGAUAAAAAAACCGAUCUUUCCAUAACUGGACCAGCUAUCGCUAAUUAUUUGUACGUUUACACGAGAACCAUAUUUUACUGGGCUAAAGACGCCACUGGCAGUGCGGGCACACUAAUUGAUGGCAAACAUAGCGCCCCUUUGGAAGUUUUGCAAUUGUACUACAAUACAAAGUAUACUUCGUAUACCAAAUCUUUGGAACAUGGUGACGGUGUAGUCAUCGUGAUAUAUCGUUUCACAGCAGACGCCGAAGAAGAUAACCCGGAAAUUGAACCUUUUCUAGAAAAACUGAAAGAAGUUCGGACACCCGGAAGUACAAUGGUCGAAAUGGAAGAAGAUAAUAUGUGGUACUUGAAAAUUAGUAAUAAAGGAUACUCGUACUUCAUAUAUUCGGGGUCAGUGACCAAUGUAACGGAGAAAGAAACAUACGACUGUGCAAUCACCAUAGUCAUCAGGGAUAUGUUUAGUUUAUCCAAAAACCAAUUCGAGGCAUUUACGAAUAUAGAAAAAGACGAUAAAGGUACGAAACUGAUUACCGAACAGAAAACGUAUAAUGAAACGGACCAUAUAGUUGGAAAAACCGACGAAAAGGUAUUUAUACCCGGCUUAGAGAAAAAUGCGACAAAAUUUCCAUCGUUUCCAUGAAAAGUCGUACCUAUUGAAAAAAUAUCUUCAAAUUCAUAACUUCGGGACAAUUUUACCAAGCUCGUCUACAUUAUUUACAUGGUUACUUUUCCAGACAGAUAUGUUAACAUUAAUUAAGCGAUUAUAGGUAUCUUAUGUAUUUGUAGCUGAAAAAAAUUACCAAAGUAUAUCGUUACACACACCCCACUUCAGUUACUCUAUCGUACAUGAGUUUUAAUUAUACAUCAAGUCAAUAUUACUCAUCCUGCCUAAACGAUCAUUCAACACCCAGGAGGGAAAUGAUACCUGCAACAAAAAAAUAUCACUUGAAAUUAACUCUCCUCGAUGAAAUUCAACUCUAUUUCACAAAACUCUAAAAUUCAUAAAAAUUUAAGUACCAAUCGAAAGUGACAGAUUACGAAUUUUACCUUGAUCAAAUCAUUAAGUAAUAAUAUGUAAGUACAACCUUUAUUAGUGUUUAUGACAAUUACAAACAUUUUUACCACCAUCUUGCCUUUUGUCUGCCUUUUUUCUUCGUUUUGUUAGGGGUACACAACCCUAUUUCUCAUGUCCAUCGACCAUCCCCAAUUCUUGAAACAAGUUGAGUAUUUUUUAAUUUCUGAAAGUUUA